AUGGUGAUGGGAGCGCAAGGAUCAAGAGGAUCAUUCUCUGGCCGCAUCGGCGGCCGCAUCGGCGCGGUGUUGGUUGCGAUUGUUAUGAGCGGAGCGGCGCACGCAGCAGACAGCGUCGGCGCUGAAUCGGCCAAAGCCAAAUCAAAUUCACUCAUCGAGGAAAUGGUGGUCACCGCGCGAAAACGCAGCGAGCGCCUGCAGGAUGUGCCUGCAUCCGCCGCGUCCUUAAGUUCCGGUUUCAUCGAUGAUGUGGGCGGGGUCUCUAACCUGCGGGACAUCACCGACCUGGUUGUCGGUAUCAGCAUCAACGAGACCCAGGACGCAUCGCUUAUCGAGCCGACCAUUCGCGGUGCCGGUCAAGCCCGGAAUCGUGUCUCGGUCUCCGCCACCGGCCUCUACCGUAACGGCGCCUACUUCGCCACCAACAGUCUCGGUGGCAAGAAUUUCGCCCGCCUGGACACCUACGAUCUGGAACGGGUCGAAGUGCUGCGGGGACCUCAGGGCGCAUUGUAUGGCCGCAACGCGCUCGGCGGCUCCAUGAACAUGAUCAGCAAGAAGCCCACUGAUCAGUUCGAGAUCGAUCUUGGUGUGUCGCUCGGAGAAAAGGACCUGCAGCGUUACGAAGGGAAGCUCAAUCUCCCCAUUACCGACCAGUUCGCCAUCCGCGCCAGCCACCUCUACGAAGACCGCGACAAGGGUUUUUACAACGACGUCAACGGCGAUGAUUGGGACAACGACGUGGACAACCACAACUUGGUCAUCGACUGGACGCUCGGUGGCGGCGUGCUGACCAGCGUCAGCAACUACCGGGAACGGCAAAUCACCCACUCGCAGGACUGGGACCACUUUUUCCCCGCUCCGUUGAACGGGCUCCUCCGAGAGACCGUUACCCGGGUCGACAACGAGAUCUUCUUCCAGGAAAUCCGCUAUGUGGCCGAUGGCAGCGCCAACUUCAAUUGGCUGGUGGGCGUCGAUUACUUCAGUCAUGACAACGCGGAACGCGGCGACCAAUGGGGCGGACAGCUCUUUGCCAACGCGUUUAUGCGCACCUUGACUAUGUCCGCCGAUUCCUGGGCAGCGUUCGGCGUGGCCGAAUACACCUUCGAUUCGAUUCCACUGACCGUGACCGGUGAACUGCGCUACGCCGAGGACAAAAUCGAAGGCGGCGUGGUGGCCUACCGGGUCCGCGAUCAGCCCGGCGUGCCGGACAGGAACAAUCCGGUCAAUCCCGAGACGGAUUUCUUCAGCGACGACAAAUUCACCAAUCUGCCCUGGGCCGUGACCGCCGCCUACCGCUUCCCGGAACGAGAUCUCAUGAGCUACGUCAAGAUCGCCUCGUCCUAUCGCCAGGGCGGAAUCAACGAUUUCGCAGGAUCUCCCGGUCUGGAGCGCUUUCCCACCAGCUUGACGUAUGGUGAAGAAACUUCCAUGACCUACGAGCUUGGUCUCAAAUCGAGCUGGUUCGACCGGGCGCUGAGCGUCAACGCAGCCGUCUACUACACGGAAUACCAGGACUUCCUAAACACCUCCGACAACGGCUGCCCGAGCGACUGCCAGCUGGUGGACGUCAACGGCAACGGACUCGGCUUCAACCCGGACGGCAGCCGGGUGGGCGAAGACGCCAACGGCUUGCCCAUUCCGCCCAACGAAGAGGUACCGACGGCGUUUUUCAUCGAUAACGUGGGCAAAGCAGAUGCCUGGGGAUUCGAGAUCGAAGGCACCUAUCGCGCUCAGUUCGACUUCGGCGGCACCCUGCUGCUGAAUCUCGGCUAUGCGAAGGGUAAGGGUGAAGUGAAGAGUCUCGGCGACAACGUGUCCGCGGCCACCGCUGCGGAUGCAGAUGGCGCGAAACUGCCCUUCCUGCGGCCUAAUCAGAUCAAAGGCUCGGCCGUGUACCGGCAGAUGCUUGGUGGCUUGAGCAACGUGGCGGGCUUUGAUGGCGCGGCGCUGGUCGGCAGCCUGACCUACACCUACGAGGAAGGUGGUCAUGUAACUCUGACGAACACCGACCCGACUGCGCAGGACACGGUGAAGCGUUUAGGCGCGCGCAUCGGCCUGGAGACCAACAGCUGGUCGUUUUUCAUCAACGGCGACAACUUGACCGACUACUCUUACAAGACCUUCAAUGCCCCCGAUUUUGGCUUCUACACUCGCAACACACCCAGAUACAUCUAUGGGGAGUUCAUGCUGAGGCUGAGACCCUAG